ACCUUUAAUAAACAGUAAAAAACUUGGACGACGAAUUUCCAAAUUAUACUUUUAUUAAUAAACAAACAUCGUUCUUUGUAACGAAUACGCGCGUGCAUGCGUGAAACAUACGAAAGAUGCGAGUAACGAAAUGCAUUCGUGUGUAACGUUUCGUUACUCGUUACUAGAUGCCGCACCCGUUACUCAGUAACGAAUACAUACGGUUUGCUACAGCUCUACAAAAGAAUUGAAAGACGUGCCAGGAAGAUAGAAAUGGAAAUAAUUAAUGCUGAUGCUGCCAACUUGAGUAAUUAUGAGGUGUUGGUACUACUGCAGCAAGUAAAAGGGAAACACAAACAAGGCAGUGCGCUGAACCAGUUGGCAACCAUUACGUAUGAGGCGACGCGCUACCUGCAGGAGACGCCAUGCAGUCAGCAGAACCCCAAGAUGAUACGGGACUUCAUGAAGGCUCUGGGGCCCUACAAGCUCACCAAGGCCGAGAAGCUCAUGAUGCUCAACAAUCCACCCACGUCUCAGAUUGACAUACAAGUGAUGGUGGAGGAGAGCGAGGAGCGCCUGACUGACUCCCAGGUGGAGGAGCUGUUGCAGACAGCCGUGCAGUGCGGGCUCGUGCCGAGUGCCCAGUGACAGUUCCUCAACUUCCUCUCUGAACACUUGCUCACUGGUCAGCUUUACAAAAGAACUCAUUUUCAAAUAUUCAGACCAGUGGCAAGAUGUUCAGAAACUGAUGUUAUUAUUAGUUUUUCCAUAAAAAUAAAUUUUUAUAUAUCCUGUGUGAGUUGAGAUCAGGACUUCAACCCAUCAAGAAAAUCCGUGAGUCAGCCAUUGGAUGAGAUGAUCAUUAGAGACAGGUGUUUUCGGUGAAAAAAUUUGCACAAUUUCGUUACUUUUUACGAGAUGAUUUCGGUCUGUUUUUCGCUAUUUUAUCAGUAGUUUCGUCAAAAAUUUAGUUGAUUUUAAAACUGCAAUAUGAGGUUUAUAAAUAUAUAAGUUCUACGUGAAUGUGUUUAAUAUGUCAUUUAAGAGUAGAACUACACAGUUUCAUACAUAACUUUACCAAAUAUUUGCACAGAACAAGUAACAAUUCAACAACUAUGCAGAGCAAACAAAACAACUCUAUAGAUAGCACACAUCAAAAAUGAAAUGAAGGUAAAGUAGGCCAAGCAAAAUAUUUUGAAACAAAAUACUACACAUAAAUAGGACAAAGACAGGCAGUAUUCCUUCAAGUGACAAAAUGAAUUUGAACAUACACUUAGUCGGACAUUGCCAAAGUUAACAUCAGUUCUAUGUUAUCCGCACGAAGGUUUGUCCUUCUGUCAGACAUGAUGUUUUUAUACAUUGAAAAGGACCUUUCUGAGUCAAUAUUGUUGGCAGGUAUCCACAAUGCCUUUACGGCAGCAUCAACUAAUUUACUAUGCUCGGACUUUAACGAUAAAAGAUUUGCAACAGUAUCAACAUCUUUACCUGACUUGCACAAACUUGAAGCCUGUUCUCUGAAUACAAAAUAUGGCACAGUUAGUUCUGUUGUUGCAAGAUCCUUGAGCAUAUGGAUAUUUUUUACUAAAAGACAAACAUCAUUACUUUCUACACUACAUUUAAUAAUGUUUCUAUGGUCAAACAGCUGACCAAGAGAUGAAAAGAAAUCUUUUGCACUGUCAGAAUCUAUCAGCUGGUUUAGUUUGCAUAAACUUUUUUUGCCUACAGAUUUAAACAAACCUGUAAGUUGUGUCUGACUGUGUUUUGGAAGUUUGGAAAGUGCAGCAGAUGUUUUUUCAAAGAAAAAGCCAACAUUAAGCAAGACAAAACUCUUAGAUAAGUCAUUCAAUUUUGAAUUGAGUGUGUGUGCCAUUGGAAUUUUACUACUUUCUAGUGUUAACAGUAAGUUUCAGCACUGUGCACAGUGUUUAACAAGCAUUACAGCUUGACAGUGUAUUUUGUUGACUUCACACGAAGCCAAAGCCUUGAAAUAAUUGAUUGCAACACUUUCUUCUUCCACACUUACAACAAAGCCAACAAUGUCAUGUAAAAAUUCACACAAAUACUCUACGCUCUUGAACCAAGAGUUCCAUCUGGUUAUAACCGGGAUGGGGAAAGGUUUAGGUUUUGCAACUUUCAUCGUUCACAUACUUUUCAGUCAAAAAUUACAUGUAUGCAUGCUUUCUUUUCCGUGUGUUCAAAAACAAGUGUUUGGUUUGUAUGACACAGUUGUUCAAAUCACUUAACUGUAUGGCCCAAAUAUUUCCUACCAAGUUCAGUUUGUGAGCCCAGCACUGCGUAUGAACCAGAUCUUCAGAAACCAAGAUUCUGAUGGCGUUGAUGCACUUUCCCAUAUAUCUGGCAUAAUCUGAAGUUAUCGAAACAAUGUUCCCGUAAUGAAUCCCUAACUUAUGAACAACGCCUACAAUUGCCUGAGAGCAUUCAGUAGCAUUUGCAUUUGCUAGAACUUUUAACACCACCAACUAAAAGUUAUUGAAAAGACACAUCCCCACAGCCAAGCACUUUCAUUAGGACUACGAGCACACACUGUCCCUUUCUAUCUGACGUUUCAUAGCAGAGAAUGGAAACUCUCUGAUCCUUAACAGCUUCUUUCAACCUCUAUUCCUCCUCGCUAAUAACCACUGGAACAUAGCCUUUCCGUAUUCUACUGGCAGAUGGAGAGUCCCCAGCGCCUGAAAAAAAAUGUUCUAAAAUUUUUACUGUAACAUAAUUAAAUGUAACUCUCUCUUAUACAAACCACAAAAAUAAAUACUUUUCUAGACCUAUGUAUGCCUUUUAAACUCUGUAACCUGCAAGGCCUACCACAAUUCCGAGUAGGAUAAUUCACAAGAUAUUAUUGCACAAUUUAUACAAACUUUUUUGUCUGCAUUGUUCAGGUUUUAAAAAAUGCAUAUAUUUACUAUGCCUAAACAUGUUACAAAGAACAGUACUGGAAACUGUUUUAAAAAAUUUACUGACAAAAAAAAACCAAGUCCUAACAUAAAAACAAAUAAGUUACGUCUAUUUUUACCUGUGGCUUGGUUAUAUAAACUUUUUACAAUAAGUGCUGUAAAAAACACGACUCGCAGCUAUAUGAAUAUUUCAAGAGUAGGUAGGCCUAACAAAAUUUAUUAUCUUAAUGUUCUGUUUAUCUGCUUAAGAAUGCACAAAAUUGUUCAAAUAUUGUACGCUUUAGCACCUACCUGCAAUGUACUUGUGCAUCCAUUGACGAAGUUUCGGGUCAUCCAAUCGGUUUUUCAAUCGGGAUGUUUUUCUCUACGAUAAAAGCUCGAGUUGUUGACAUAAUGAACUCAUUCUUGUCAAAUUUUGCUUUUUUUGCCAUCAACAAGGCUGAUUCCAGCAAAACUUGCCUUUUUGCACCAGAUUGUUGACUUUCCUUGUUUUUGUUAUGCGAGGCACUGUUUUUUAUGUGUUUCAAGCACGUGUCUUUUUCGUUGCCACUAUAUUUUAACGUUGCAGUACAGUCAAACCUCUAUCUAUCGAACUCGCAUGUAUCGAUUGUCCGUGUUUAUCGUAUAGUUUCUACGGUCCCAGCAAAAUUGCCAUACAACUAAGGUUAAAAAAGUCCGCUUGUACCGAUGUUCGAAUUAUCAUUUUGUCCGCAUUGAUCGUACAAAAUAUGUGGUCCCGUCACUAUAAAUUAUAAUAGAUGAUCGUUAACCAUAAAGAUUUUGCAGAAAUAACCAUUUCUUAGAAAGAAACCGUCAUAAAAACAGUAACGAUAGUAUACAGUAGUAAAAAUCAACUUAAAUCUGCAGCCAAGUAAUGGAGCACGUAAGUAUGAAGAAAAGACAAAUGAACAACAACUUACGAAGAAAUAUGGAUGAUGUACCAUAACUACAGUACAAACCCAAUUGUUAUCCUAAGAUAAUUACCAUAAAAAGAACUAAAGAUUCUUUGUCGAUACCAUAAUUACUACAGAAGCACGAUAGCUACCACAUUUGCACUACAGUUACCGUAACAACCGAGAUGUAUAUUUACAGUGACGGUAAUGUAUUUAUUUAUGACAUAUUAAAAAUAAAGAACAUUAUUGAAAAAUAGGAUGUUAAAUUUUUAUAUGUACGUUUGGCACAUGUUGCGAAGAAAUAAUGCGAUCUGAAAAAAUGCAGUACUACUGCGAAAAGGGUAAUCAUGGAUUUUUAGGUUAUGGCAUUCUCUCUCGUUUUUCAGUAAUAUCGGCCGAAAAUUAACAAGCGUAUCGGAAGUCGGCAGAAAUGCCGAUUCAACUAAAUAUUGGCAAAAUCGGCUUCUUCAGUACAGCUCUACAUUUGAUGACAUGAGUAAACAUAUUUCAGACUUCAGGAUAUUGAAAAAGACUUUAAUUUCCAUGUAGAUUUAUUGUGUGUAUGUUUUUUUUUUGCAAGUGUAAAUUGAAUUAAGUAAAAUACUUCCAUUUUUAUUUAUUUUUCAACUGAUUUAACUUUAAUGACAAGUAACUGAUAUAUUUCUGACACUAAUUUUGAGGUUGAAAUAUUUUUUAAAAAUUCUUAGAGUGAAGUCCACAUCUAUUGAAUGUCCGCAUCUACUGAAUUUUUUUGUUGGUCCCCUGAAAAACGAUAGAUAGAGGUUUGACUGUACUUGCACAUGAGAAUUUUUUGCACUUUGUCAAAGACAUAGAAUCCUUAGCUCGCAAACUCCGCCGCCCUGUCAAAUACUGUCACAACCAUUUUAAAAUCAAUGUUUUACAAAAAGAAACAGAGCAAAAACGUUUGAUUAUAUCCACACCAUUUUAACAAACUGUGGCGAGUGGCGACUCUGGCGAGGCGAUAGCGCGACAAGAAUACGACUUCCUAGACUAUCGAAAGUCGUCAACAAUCGAUUAUAAUCAACUGCUGUUAUCGAGUCAUCAAAAUAUGGACGUUUAGUUAUUUUCAGUGUGUUUUUUCUUAAUUUUUUUCGUGAUUUCUCUAAGUAAUUGAUAAUUUCACAUUUUCAAGUUUAUGUAUAUUAAUUUCGUUAAUAUUUCGCGAUUUCACGCAUCGCGAAAAACACCUGUCUCUAAUGAUCAUCAUAACCAAGCUGUCAAAGCAAAUGAAAAUAAAAUGAACAAUAACACAAGAAACUACCUACAUGGCAAUAUCUUGUUAAUUACAAUUUUUUAUACUCACUGUCAUGAUAUGAAACAUUCAGGUAGCAACAAUGAUUGCAAAUUUUUAUAUAAAAACAUUAAAUUUAAUAUUUUGUAUCAAAACCAUGCAGAUGGUUCAAGCACUCGAUAAGUGUUUAGGUUAUCUUUAAGAGGAUCAAAAAUCUUAACUUUUCUUUAGUACGUAUGAUCUAAUCAUAGUAGAAUAGUCUUUUUGGUGUUCAGGGCCGGUGCAAGGUAAAUUGGCGCCCUAGGCGAAAAACCUUAAUGCCCCCCCCCCCCCCCCCCCCCCCCCCCCCCGGGUCGGACACCCCACAAAAAAUUUUUCUUGCCUCAAAAUGCAUCACGUAAGCCUAAGAUUUUGUCAACAAUCAAAUGUAAGUAGGUUUUUUUUUUACUUUUUUACUUAUUACAAAUCAUAAACAGGUCACCGUGGACUUAAAAUAAUUACUUACUUCAAUAUAAACAUUCCGAACUGUUACAAAACUCUUAUUUUAAUCUAGUUUCAAUUAUCGUUAAACAUAUUACAUCAGCUGUUAUGUGUCGUGCUGCGCCGCCCCCAGCUACUUGGCGCCCUAGGCGGUUGCCUAGUUCGCCUAUAUGGACGCGCCGGCCCUGUUGAUGUUAUUGCCUAUUGGGGAUUAUGUAAUUUGUGGCUUCGUUGAAGUGCUAAAAUAUGAAACUGUGAACUCUAAAAUUCCCAAUAUGUUUUAUAAUUUACAGAAUUGAAGAGACAAAUCUUUCUGACUUAAAUUGAUUGAGAUAAAUUCUGUGUUUAUGCUUUUCUGUCAGCUUAAGGAGGACAUGUAUGUCCUUCAAAGAUACUUUUUUUUAAAUUAACUACAAAUAUUUCACACAUUCCAUACCCAAAGUUUUACCUUCCCUUGAAAUGAACUCCAAAACUGUAUAGCAUCUUCUUCAGAAUAUAACACAUUGGUUUCUAAUUUAUUGAUACUUCAGGAGAAGCCCCACAGCUUGAUGCCACUUACUGUCUAGAGCUUGAAGGGUAAGGAAUGGAAAUAGUGUCAGUGUAGCUUAGAAUAUUCUAUGCACAUUCUUAUACUUUUUAUUGUUAUACUACUUUAGGUAUUAUAAAAAUAUGUUAAGAAUGAAUUUUUUUCUAUUUGUGCACAGCUAGCAACAAAAAUUGACACUAUGAAAAAAGACAACCUAUAAAUAAAAUUAUAUAUAUAUGUGCUUUUAAAUCAUACAUAUACUUUAGUGAUUGAUAUUGAAUACUGAUUCCUAAAAUUUAUAAAUAAACAAAUUUAUUUAUUGUGAAUAUUAGUGAUAGAAAUUGUGUUUAUAAACUUUUUCAAGUGCAUUUGUAAGCUUCCAUUAUCACUGGUAGGGAGUGUCCAUGGAAGGUUUACUAGUCUCCUGGCCGUUUUCAUGGGAUUGAUUGUAAGUUUAUGUUCCUUUAUGUAUAAUUUAGUUGAAUUAUAAAUUUUUAAUUGUUUAAUAAAUAAUUAAAAUUAAUAAAUGAGAAUAAAUAUUCA